UCAAACAGUCGCCCUUGUGCAGCCGGCGGGAGCUUUCUUCAGGGGAUUUUGCACCUCCCCGAGCCAGCAUUCUGUCCUACAUUAAGAGGAUGGCUGGGCUUAAUCAGAAGUCUAUCUUGGAUAUGAUUAAAGAGUUCAGAAUGAACUGGCACACUCUUUGUAACUCUGAGAGAACUACUGUGUGUGGUGCAGACUCCAUGCUCUUGGCAUUGCAGCUUUCCAUGGCAGAGAACAACAAACAGCAUAGUGGAGAAUUUACAGUCUCUCUCAGUGAUAUCAUAUUGACCUGGAAAUACUUCCUACAUGAGAAAUUAAACUUAUCAGUUGAAAAUAUAAAAGUGAUUGACCAUUAUGAUGACAUCAGGAAGAUGUAUGAUGAUUUCUUAAAGAAUAGUAACAUGUUAGAUCUGAUUGAUGUUUAUAAAAAAUGUGGUGAUUUGACUUCUAAUUGUGAAAAUUAUGCAAAUAUAUCUCCUAGUUGCCUAUUGGAUUUUCUGUCUGGCAGAGAGUAUGCAGUAGAUGAUGAGACUGAUUUUUCUAAACCAGCAUCACCAAUGAGUAAACACAACCAGGAAAAUGAAAAGGUACGGUUACUAGCAAAGAAAAUUAUCUACUCAUAUUUAAACCUGCUAGUGAAUUCGAAGAAUGACUUGGCUCUGGCUCAUAUUCUCAAUAUUCCUGAUAGAGGACUUGGAAGAGAAGCCUUCACUGAUUUGAAACAUGCUGCUCGAGAGAAACAGAUGUCUAUGUUUUUGGUGGCCACAUCGUUUAUUAGAACAAUAGAGCUUGGAGGGAAAGGAUAUGCACCAUCACCAUCUGAUCCUUUAAGGGCACAUAUAAAAGGAUUGUCUAAUUUUAUUAAUUUCAUUGACAAAUUAGAUGAAAUUCUUGGAGAAAUAUCAAAUCCAAGCAUUGCGGGGGGUCGGAUACUCUCAGUGAUAAAGAUGCAGCUGAUUAAAGGCCAGAACAGCAGGGAUCCUUUUUAUAAAGCAGUAGAGGAAGUUGCUCAAGAUUUGGAUUUGAGGAUUAAAAAUAUUAUCAAUUCUCGACAAGGAGAUGUAGCUCUUAGUACCACUGACAUCAGUCCUGCACGGCCCAAAUCUCAUGCCAUAAACCAUGGCACUGCAUACUGUGGUAGAGAUACUGUGAAAGCUUUACUAGUUCUUUUGGAUGAAGAAGCAGCCAGUGCUCCUACCAAAAACAAAGCAGAGCUCUUUGAUGAUGAAAACACAGUUCAUCCUAAUGGAACUUCUGUUCUUACACUUUUUGGCUCUCCCACACAAGUGGAUAAUUCAUCGAUGAAACCCUUAAGAGAACGCAUCCAUAAGUCAAUGGAAGAGAAAAAAAUCAAGACGAAACAAACCUUAAUUAGAUCUCAGUUUGCCUGUACUUAUAAAGAUGACUGCAUGAUAAGCAAGGAUAAAUGGAAUAAUGUUAAUUCAGCAUCAAAGCCUUCAUGUGUUCUUCACAUGGAAAAUGACCCUUCUGAAGGUGUAAAUUCUUCUGUUGGAAGACCAACAAUUGGAACAAGUUCUGGAAAUGUUCAUGUGGGCAGAAGUAAAAAAGAAAAAGUAGCAAGAAAAUCAAGUAGUCUGACAGGAAAUACAAGCUCAAAAAGGAAACAGGUGGAUUUGGAUGAUGAAAAUAUUCUCUGUGAUAAUGGAAACGAACCACUUCAACAGAAAAUUGUUAAGAUACCCAAGACAUCAAAAGAUUUGCAGAAUAAAUUGGAUGGUAAACUACUCAGAGUUGCAAAAAGCAAUAGAUGUACCACCAAGGACAAAUUGAUUACUGGCCAGACGAAGUUGACUCAGUUUUUUAGACUAUGAAAUUAUCUUUUAUGUUCUUUAGGUUUGUGUAUAUAUAUAUAUAAAACCAUUUACCAAAUUCUUUUACUUAAUUUUUAAGCAAUGAAGGUGUAAGUUAUA